UCAGAUCAUCCAGAAGGCCGUGAGGGCCUCCAAGUGGUUGGGCAUGAAGUGUGUUCUAUGCUGACCCAGGCCUACUUGGUGUCCUAUCUGAGAUACAGGAUUGCUGGACGUAAGCAGGUCAAUAUGAUGGUUCUGAUGAAUAUCUAUCAAGAUGUCAGCUGUAAAGGACAAAGCUCUGGUGAAGAUGGAAUUGCUCUCCAUGGUGAUUGGCCUAGACAAGCUACAGAAUAAAAACGAAAAUGAUGACAGAUACCAACUACCCUCAAAUAAUAAGUCUGUUCAGCAGACCCUGACAACCUUAAAGGAGGUAGGCAAUGAAGUUCUGUACAAGCUGAUGGAAGACUACUUUUUGAAUUACAUGAGAAAUGAGAUCCCAGGUGGCAUUCAGCAAGAGCCCAAGCCUGGAGACCUGCUGGAGAUUUUCCGAACCAACUAUUCUUACUGGGUUGUUUACGUGGGUUAUGGUUGUGUUGUCCACCUGGUACAUCCACACCAACAUACUAUAGGUGCCAAGAAGCCAGCCUGGAAGGAUAUAGCCCUGGUGAAGAUGGAGCGGCUCUCUGUGGUGGCUGGGAAUGACAAAUACCAGGUCAAUAACAAACAUGAUGACAAAUACGAGCCCCUACCACCCAAUAAGAUUGUCCAAAGAGCUUUCAAAGAGGUGGGCAAUGAAGUGUUUUACAAACUGAUCCAGGAGUACUUCCUGACCUACCUGAGAUAUGGAAUACCUGGUAGCAAUCAGCAAGAACCCACUCCUGGAGACCUGAUUGAAAUAUUCCGAAGAGGCUACUCUCAUUGGGCUGUUUAUGUGGGUUAUGGUUGUGUUGUCCACCUGGCACCUCCACUUGUUGCCGAUAUUGCACCACUUAAGAGAGAACUGCUCUAUGUGAUGGUUGGAAGCAACAGGUAUCAAGUCAAUAACAAGUAUGACGACAGUGACCCGCCGUUGCCACCCACCCAGAUCGUGCAUCGAGCUUUGAAAUUGGUGGGAAAACUGGUUCCCUACAACCUCCUCAACAAUAACUGUGAACACUUUGCAACACAACUGAGAUCUGGAGUCCCUCGGAGUGAUCAGCCUAACUGUGCCCCCAAUCUUUCUUUUGAGCCUAUCCUAUUGUUGAUGUCAAUCUUAAGCAUAUGCAUAAUAGAUUCUGCUCCAGCCUUUUACCUUUACUCUAUCAGAAACGCUCUCUUGAAAUUACCUGGUUUGGCUGUCAACCUCAUGGAACUCAUGAAUUGAGAAACUAACUUCAAGAAAGAGGAAAACCAAAUGAUGAAAAUAAAAUUCAUGAACAAAGUGAACACACACACCAGAGAGAAAAGAAAAAGAAUUAGCAGAACCUACUAUCCCCAGUUAUGUUCUAGCAAAGCCAAGAAUUUUAAGGAAAUGUGGAUGAUUACCUACAAAAAUCUAAAAUGCCCACAUUAACCAAACAAGAACUAGAGAUAUUAAACAGCCCAAUAUCACACAAUGAAACUGAAAGAAAUCAUAAAGGAAUUACCAAAGGGAAAAAGCCCCCAAACAAACCCUGGUCCAGACAGCUUUAUGAGUGAAAUUUAUCAAAUGGUUUGUAUUUAUUUUUGGUAAGACAAUUGGGGUUAAAUGACUUUGCCUAGGAUAUAGUAAGUGUAAAGUAGCUGAGGCCAAAUUUGAACUUGGGUCUUUCUGACUUCAGGGCCAGUGCUCUAUCCACUACUCCAGCUAGCUUCCCCUAUCAAAUGUUUAAAGAGAAAUUAAUACCUAGGCUACAAAAAUUAUUCUCAGUAAUUAAUGUCAAAAAAUAGAAAAAAGUAACCUAACUUCUCAGAGAUAAAUAAUGAUCCUAAUAUUGAAACUAGGGAAAGCUUAAGCAAGAGAAAGAGGGUGCAAUAUAAAAAAAGUAAUAGUAUAAUGGGGGGGAAGUGAUUGGAGGUAGAGGAUAAAUCAUCCCGAUUAAUUUGUUAGGUGCCAUAGUGGAUAGAGUUCUGGACCUGGAAUCAGGAACACAAGAGUUCAAAUCCAGACUCAGACAUAUGUGCUGUGUGUCUGGGAAAGGCACUUAAAUCUCUGUCGGUCUCAGUCUCAUCUGUAUAAUGGGAAUAAUAGCACUUACCUUCCAGAGGUGUUGUGAGGAUUAAAUGAGAUAAUAUUUGUAAAGCCCUUAAAAACAUUAAAACCAGAUAAUACUAGUUA